AUGUCGUCAGAAACAAUAGGCUUUGCACAAAUUGCUUCUCACACUCUCACACGCAAAAAGACUGUGAGAGUACCACGACUUGAACUGUGUGGCGCGCUUCUACUCGCAAAAUUAGCCUCAACUGUGCAAACGCAUUUAAACAUGACCAGUCAAAAAUUAUAUCUAUGGUCAGACUCAGAGAUCGUCUUAGCUUGGUUAGAAAAACCACCCCUCUCAUGGAAAACAUAUGUUUCCAACCGCAUAGCCCAAAUACUUGAUUUAGUUGAGCCGGCAACUUGGCGACAUCUAUCCAGUGCUGAUAACCCCGCCGAUCUUGGCACAAGAGGUUGCAAACCCUUGCACCUCGCCACCACCUCACUCUGGUGGAACGGCCCCAACUGGCUAAAAGAAUCACAACAAUUCUGGCCACAAUCCCCCAUACGCAACAUAAUUGCCCCAGAAAGUCGAAAAGUCGAAACCUCUCACACAAUACUGGAUGACAAUGACAUACUAGAACGAUUUUCCUCGUUCCCCCGUGCCCUAAAGGUAGUCGCCUAUAUGUUCAAAUUUGUAGAGCGCCUCAAAAAUGAGGUUAAGAAAACACCGAAUUCCCCAGAUAACAUGUUAACGCAUCAAUACCUACAAAAAGCAAAGGUUUCCCUUGUUGCAUACACUCAAACGCGCUAUUUCAGCCGCGAAAUAUUACUGCUAAGAGAAUCAAAACUAAUUGAUAAAAAGAGUCAACUCUUAGUACUCAAUCCAUUUUUAGACACGAAAGGUCUGCAUCGUGCUAAUGGACGGCUAGCGAACUCCAGCCUCACAUAUAACGAACGCCACCCCAUAAUAAUACCAGAGAAAUCCUCAUUUGCAACACCAUACCUCAGAUUUCUCCACUUAUUAAUGCUACAUGCCGAACAUCGCCUCAUGCAACAAAUGGUCCGACAAGAAUAUUAUAUUCCACGACUAAAGCCACAGAUCAAAAAAUGCAUAUUUAUGUCAAAGGAGCAAUUAGCCAAACCCCCAAUCACUUUAAAAGCACCAACAAUGGUUGAUGAGGAUAAACCUCAAGGCACACCUGCAGAAGCUACCCGCUUGAAGCAGGGUGCAAAAGAGAGAAAAACAAAAGAUUUCUCAGGCGCAAGAUUCAUUUCUGAUAGUGACAGUUUGGUAAGAUACUGCACUAAAUUCUCCUCAGCCCCAAUAGAAGACAAUUCUGAAUCGGUUCUGGAAAUAAAAAACCACAACCUUGACAACUUCUGGGCGCGCCUUCAAGCGGCAUAUGACACAAUUAUAGAAACGGAUGAUUCCGAUUUACCCGAGAAUUUCAAAGCUUCGGCUGCCGCCACAUACGAAAACUUGACCAAUAUGAAGAGACAAAAGCUAUGA